GGAGGAAAAGAUCCCGGUUUAGGUUUUCGCGCUGGGUCUUGGUCCGCGGCUCCUCCGACCUUGUCUUACCGCAAUCGAUACGUUUACGCAAGGUCGUCCUCGUUGCAUGCGUUCACCGUGCGAUAUCGCGCGAGCAACUGACCGCGUUCAAGGUGUACCUUGUAUUUUCCACGUCGAACUCCGACGGGCCCGGGAGGCGGCAGGGGUUCGGCGGGGUUCGGCGGGGUUCGGCGGGGCCCGACUGGGUCCGGCCGGGCCCGAUGGCCUCGACGCGGCCGCCUUCGAAAGGCGCGCGCCUGCGCGCUGCCGCCCGCCGCCUCGGUGAAAGUGCAGCGGAUUUUGCUUUCUACCUUCCAGUGACAAAUACGUUACGCGGCCGAGCCGAGUAAAAUGGACGGUGGCUGCGUAGACGAGCCGGAAAUCCGCGUGAAUCCGCGUGAAUCAGCGUGAAUUCCCGACCCUGCGAGGGGAGGACCCUCCGGUCCGCCCUAUGCCGUCGGCGAGGCGUCAGUGAGGUUACGGAGGAGACGUCGCGAACAUGGGGUUCGCCGGAGUCUCGGGUCGCCGCGCGCUCCUCUAUGGGACGUGCCUCGCGAUCCUCUUCUCCGUUCCCGGCGAGUCCAAGGAUCCUCGAACGUUUCCCCUCGGCCAUCCGUCCGGGCCGACCUCCUCGGACAAGUACUCGCUGCUCCACGAGAACAACGUGAUGGGCUCGUCGAGAGUCGAGGCGAUCAAGGGGGAAGAGGACGCCUCCGAGGCGCUCUUUCCGAAGGAACUUUCCCCCGCGUCCUCUCCAAAUUCUUCUCUCUUCUCCGCGGAGAUCGCCAACGCGACGUCGCCGUUUCGCCCUCCGGAAGGAAUCUCGCGAGACGCCGCGGCGGCGAUCGACAAAAGAAUUUCCGCCGAGGACGGAAUUGCCGAGAAUUCCUCCGCCGAGUUCUCGGAUUACUCCUACUUCUCCCAAGAUUACGACAACGCCCCCGGGGAUCGACGCUCGAGUCCAGCAAAUUUCGCGAUCCCCGGGGACGCGGUCCGCUCCUACUCGGAAGUCGGACCAACCGGGGAGGAGUAUUCCAAUCCCGCCGAAACGUCCGUCCUCAUAGGCGAGGCCGUGGUGUCGGUGGUAACGACGAAGAGCGUCGUCAACGGGACGAUCUCGUUCCCGUCGACGUCCUCGCCGACGUCCCCGCCGACGUCCCCGCCGACGUCCCCGUCGACGACCAUCGCACAGAUCUCGACGCCUCCCCCGCGCGAUCCUUCCCUCGAGAAGAGCGCCGAGGGUCGAGGCGACUGGACGAGCUACGACUACGAGGAGUCGACCGAGGAGGACUCCGGAGCGUCGGCCUCCUUGCUCUCCGACCGGAACGCCACGGAAAGAGCCAAGGAGGAGUCGAGCUCCAAGAGGCCCAAGCCCCUGGAGUCCACCGAGAGCAUCAUCGACAAGCUCGACCGAGUCCAGUCGGAGCUGUCCAGCGGUCUCCUGGGGGGAGGAUUCCGACCGAGCGUAGACGGGGCGAGGGUCGACCCCGGAGCCGUUCGCUUCCGGAAUCGAACGAGACCCGUCGGCCCUCCCACCACUGCCAGGAGCGCCGACCUCGUCCCCGAGCGAAACGCGAGCGGCAAGAGGGUCGACCCGGUCGCCUCGAAGUCGGGCGGCCCCAUGGACAGCCUCGAGGGCCUUAUUCCGCCCGACUACUUGACGACCGGGCCCGUCUUCCCGAGGAUAGGAGCGAAACGACCUCUCGGUCUCCCCGCGCCGAGCUCGAGUUCCUCCGGAGGCAGCGAGAGAGUCGCCCUGGCGGUUCGGAACGUUAGCGCCGUCCUGCCGAGAGGAGAGGAGGACGACGUCGGUCGGAAAUCCCUGCUGAGCGACAUCCUGGCCAAGUCGAGGAUCGACGUGGUGGCCCUCCUACCUCCCGACUACCAGAAGAAGGCGAACGCCUCGAAGUCCGAGACUCCCCCCGAGUCUGCGGAAGGCGCGAGGAAGGCGAACGUUUCGGACAAGUCCAUCCAGAGUCUCUUCUCGAAGGCAAAGAUCGACGCCUCCCUUCUACCGCGGGACUACCUCGCCAAGAGCGAGAAGCAGGCGCCGAAGCGUCGGCCCGGCGUCAAGGAGGCCUCCACGACGGCGAAGCCCGGGGGCUUCAAGAUAGUCUUUCCGAGUCGACCCGGGGGAAGGCACUCGGGGACCAAGGUCUCCACCCCGCAACCGACGCGCGGCCAGCGACCGACCGUAGGCGCGCCGCGGAUCCAGAAGGGCUGGCCCACCAGGGCGACCACGGAGUUCACAGGGUGGCCGACGGUUUCCACGACCCCCAUCUCGAUAGCGAAGCUCCUCGAGGCCGCCAGGACGGCCUUGGUCCUGCCCGCCGACUACCCCGCGGAUUCGACGCGGAGCACCGGCCCGAGCGUGCCGACCACCGAGGCGACCACGACGACCACCCCCGCGCCUCCGAGGCCGACGACCCCGGGACUCUGCGAGGAGGAGUGCGAGGUGGCCGGGACCAUUCGCCUGGUGGGCGAGACCGCUCGAUGGGUGCCCGGACUGCUCGAUCGGAACACCCAGGAAUGGCAGCGACUGGCGACCGGGGUCGAACACGAGCUGAACGCCGUCUUCUCCGAGUCCGCUACCCUGAACGAGUGGUACGACAAGAUCAGGAUCGACUCCUUCAGCCAGGGAAGCGUCCUGGUCGACUAUUUCGUCGAGCUCCGGGGACUGAAGAGAAGCGUCAGCACGCAAGACUUGAAGCUGGCCUUCCACGAGUCGCUGCGCUCGGCCAACGACUCUAGGGGACACGACCGAAGACUCGGGAAAUUCACGAUCGACCCCAAGUUCACGGACUUUGUCGUGAUACCGAAAGCGGCCGCGCCGCCGACCAACCAGGACGAAGACAACUUGAUACCUCAAUGGGCGAUCGCGGUGAUAAUUAUAGGAGUGGGCGGUUUGCUGUUCAUCGUCAUCUUCGGGGUUUCGGUGCUGAUGAACCGCGCCAGCGUGUCGAAGGUGAGACAGCAGAAGACGACGAUAUUCGACGCGGAGCCGGCGAUCAGCGUGCACACCGGACACUCCGUCCCGGUGCAGAAGACGAGCGACUACCCCAAGCCGGACUUGCAGUCUCUCUGGAACGACGCGGACGCCACUUGGUACGAGAAAUCUGUCGACUCGACGUCUAACAGGGUUCAAGUCGACGGACCGUUCCCAAACAGGAAGUACAAAAUGUACGACAGCUGGCGAUCGGAGUGGAACGGAUAUUACAACGACGCCGCUAGGAGUAAUGGCAAAUACGUCGAUUACGACGGUACCACGAUAUCUUCCCGUCGACCCGAGUACGAUACGAACUUUUGAGAUAGAAUC